AAGUUAAUUUUUCAUUGGUUUUUUCGUUGACAUCGCAUUGAUGGUACUGAUGGCAUUGUCAUUUUAACAUGACAUGGCUAUCAGUCAGAUUUGCUUCUUUAAGGCUGUUGGCGAGGUAUACUUGGCCACAUGGGUAAAUAUUUUUUGGUCAUUGUCUUUCAUAGACAUAAAAACCUUUGUGGAUUGUUGUUUUGGGGUGUCCUUGAAACCAUUCAUGGAACCUAAAUUUAGUUGCAGUCAAAAAAGUCACUGACACCAUAAAAAACUGUCAGCUAUAGGCAAUCUCUUUGUGUCUCUCUCUCAUUCUUUCUCUCCUUUUCUUACCAUCAAUGGAAAAAAGUCCUGUUGUCUAACAAUCCGUUGCCUCAUGUCAGUUCCGGAUUGGUUAAUAUCCUUCUGUUUCUCUUUCUAAAAGAACUUUCUUGCUAUCUUUCUCUUUCUGCAAAGACUUGAUCGUUCUGGAUACAAAACUGUCCUGGGAAAUGGCGUUAGUUCCACAUUCAAGUGAACCAGAACCGAAAACAAGUUCCACUACUCUUCCAUGGAAGGUCAUGUUCCGAUCUGCAUCAAUGAGGAGGCCUUCCCCAGCACCAGUUGACAACGACGCGCCUCCAAACGAACCCCACGCGCCACCUCAGGAGCCAAAUUCUCUGGACCCAGAUAACAGAAACAGCCUCUCAGGUGAUACCCAGGUACGUUUGGCUCUUUACGUGGCCAUGGCUCAUGCUGGUCUUGCCGUCACCAUAUUCAUUUUAUAUGGAAUUUGCAAGCUCUUACAGGAGUAUCUUAGGCCAAUUCAGUGGGCAAUCUUGUCUUCAAUUCCUUUGAGAGGUAUACAAGAGACUCUUGUGGGAUUUUGGAGUGAACCUUUGAAACUAGGCCUUACUGAAACUGUUCUUGCUGUUCCUGUGGCUGUUUUCAAGGCUUUUAUAGAUACCCUUGUUGAUAUUAAGGAUGUUUAUCUGAGGGUGAUUCUUAAAAGGCCAAAAUCUACUCUUUCAAGGCGUAAUAAAAGUAGAUUUUCAAAGUUAGUGAGGUGGCUAGUGUCUUUUGCUGUGUUUGUGAUUGCCUAUGAGAGAAUUGAUGGUGUUGGGUCAUUGAUAAUAAUUGUGUUGGGGUUCGUGAUUACUACUAAAAAUGUGGAUUAUACAUUGUCUGCUGUUUCAUCAUUCAGGAGUAACAGUUUCAGGAGAAGUGCAAUUACUUCGUGUUUCACGCGUGGGAUAUUGAAAAGGUUGAAUACUAUUGUGGCUAUAGGAUUGAUAAUUGGUAUGAUUGUGGGGUUUAUUGCUGGAGCUACAUUUUUCUCAUAUAAGAUUGGUGUGGAAGGAAAAAAUGCUGUGAUUUCAUUGAAAGCUCAUGUGGAAGAGAGUAAUUAUGCUGAGAGGAUUGGUGUUAAAAAAUGGAUGGAAGAGAAUGAUGUCUCUGGAAUGGUGGAUGAGUACACAACAAAGUUCUAUGAGACAGUGUCUGAGCAGAUUGAUAGUUUGGCAAUGCAGUAUAAUAUGACAGAAUUUGUGACCGGAAUUAAGCAUUUUGUCAUAACUUCAAUGACUAGUUCAUCAGCACAAUCAACAGCUUUGAUGACCCCCACUCCUUAUACGGAGAAACUUUUGAGUUUGAGGAAGAGAGUUAGCAAUCGUGAAUGGGGAAAAAUAUACACGGAAGUUAUUGCAAUUUUCAGAGAACUGAUAAUCACACGGGAGGAUUUGCUUCAGAAAGCUAAAGGGUUGUCUGUUAAAGGGGCAGAUGUCUCACAACGGAUGUUUGCAAGUGGUGCAUCUGUAUUAAGUGGUGGUGCAAAAAUCAUGUUCACUAUUGGCAAUUCCAUCAUCUCUGGAGCUGCUGAGGUCUUCAAUUUUGUAUCUCAGUUGAUGGUGUUCUUUUGGGUUCUAUAUUACCUUAUCACAUCAGAAUCUGGUGGGGUAACAGAACAGGUGAUGUCUAUGAUUCCAAUAUCAAAAUCGGCUAGGAUUAGAUGUGUUGAAGUUCUUGAUAAUGCGAUUUCCGGUGUGCUUUUGGCUACAGCUGAGAUUGCAUUUUUUCAAGGAUGUCUUACAGGGCUUCUAUUUAGACUCUACAAAAUACACUUCGUUUACAUGUCAACAGUGCUUGCUUUCAUCAGCCCCUUGUUGCCCAUUUUUCCACCUUGGUUUGCAACAAUUCCUGCAGCUGUAGAGCUACUGCUGGAAAGUAGAUACAUACUAGCUCUGACCUUCUCCAUUGCUCACAUCUUCCUUAUGGAUUAUGGUGCUUCUGAAAUUCAGGAGGAUAUACCAGGUUACAGUGCAUAUCUUACAGGGCUGAGCAUCAUCGGUGGAAUGACAUUGUUCCCUUCUGCAGUUGAGGGAGCAAUUAUGGGACCCUUGAUCACCACGGUUGUUAUUGCUUUGAAAGACCUCUAUGCUGAAUUUGUACUGGAAGAACCAAAGAAAAAAGACUAGAAGAACACCACCUCCUUUAACCGGUUUGCUUCCAUUGUGGAGAGCUUAUGUAUAUUAGCACGACUGGUUUCGAACAAUUUACAGAAACAGCUGUUCCGAGGUGCAUUUUGUGUUUAUUCAAGUCUUAUUUACGU